AGCAGGAUGUCAAAAUUAAUUACGUAAUUGAACUAUUAUUUCUUUUAACGUAAAUAUGCAUAUAUUUAUAUGUGCGACAAUAGUUCAUCCAUAUUUAGUAUAUUAUAAUGUAGUUGCUGACAUUGAAAGUACACCAAUUUUUAUUGAAGAAAAACUUUGAUACCAUCUUGUAUACCGGUUCUAUCACUAUGCAAUCAUUUCUAAUAAUUAACGAGAUCAUCUAGAACUUACGUCUGAUUAAUUGAAAGCGAUUUUUUAAAAGAAAUUAUUAAUUUGUUGAUAAUUAAUAAUUGAAUAUAGGGAAAUUCAUAUCACAGCGUACGUUCAGUUUAAUUUUAUAAAAAGCUAAUAAAGUCUACCUCCUUUUAUAACAGCUUGAUCUGUGGUGUCAUGGAUUCGAUUCAAAUUUCUCCCAACCAUUACUUAUUUCUGUAAGAAAAUUUUGUUACAUUUAUUUGACAUCUGUCCAUACAUUUUCAAUCUGAAUGUUUAACUGUAUGAGCAAUGUGCUUAGAAUCAUAAAUCCCGCCUAGUUUUUUCAAGAGUGAGGUUUCGGAACUUUUAAUAGAAAAUAAGUAAUUUCAAUGCCAUAUGUACAGUUUGUAUGUCUACUAACAGGUGCCAAGUUGCCCCUAUUUUCGUUGUACUUUGAUGGUGAAAAUGAGUGAAAAUCGGUUCAGGAAUUUCCUCAGCCUUCAUCUAUACUUCUAUACUAAUAUUAUAAAGAGGAAAGGUUUGUUUUUUUGUUUGUUUGUCUCGAAUAGGCUACGAAACUACUGAACCGAUUUGAAAAAUUCUUUCACCGUUGGAAAGCUAUACCAUCCCUGAGUGAGAUAGGCUUUAUUUAGUUAAAAAAAAAAUAGGGUUCCUUACCAAAACUCCGAUAAUGUAAAAAAAAUACCAAGAAACUUUCUUUAAUCGCGACAAAGUGAUGUACUACAAUUUUGUAGAACUUAUCAUUUCUACAAAAAACGUCGCGACAUCAUAUCUCUAACUAUUAUAUUUUUGUCACAAUAAGCGAUUUUAUAAAAAAAAAUAAUUAAAAUACCACUACUUGAAAAGGCUCUUUAUUUGUACCUUAGUAUUAAUCCCUAUCGAAAUAAAUGAUUUAUUAUUUAAGAUCGUUUCAAAACCUUCAUAUAACUUUUUGAAUUAUUAGAUCCUGACAUUCCAUUCAAAAGAUAUCACGAGUUAAAAAUUUUUAAAAGUCGCUCGGCGGCUAACUAUGCGUUGUAGGCGUCACUCGGGCACGGAGGUACGGGAAGGGGGUUAAGAUCACUCGCGCGGUCGGGUCCCCACUGAAUGGUCGUGUGCGGAAUUAAAAUAAAAUUGUCGCUUAAUAAUAAUAUAACAUAAAAUUGAAUUGCUAUUAAGUUGUGCCGCAAAAAAACGAUCUAACCGAUCUCGCUAAUUUUAGUCUUGAAAUAUUCGUGAAAUGCCAGAAAAAGAUUAGUAAGUGAGUAAAUAUGGAAAAAUUGCGAGGAAGAUAAUUUUGAAUUGAAGAUACUUUUAUUCGAGUUGACAAGAAAAAUAUAAAAAGAGAAGAGAAAAGAGAAUAUUUUGAGGGUUAUCAUUGUUGCUUUGUUAAAAUAUUUUUGUUAUUGUUCAAUUUUAUAAGGUUGUGUCGAUAGUCCAAAACAUUUUGUAACAAAUAAGGAAAGUCUAUCUUCAGGUGUAACAUUUUAUACUCCCGUAAUUAAUUGCUGUAUUUUAUUAAGAUAACACACAAUACUGACCCAUAUAUUCAUAGAUAUAGAAUAGAAUAACAAAAAUCAUCAUAUAUAGUAUACUAGCAGCAGACCCGGCCACACGUUUUUGUGGCUAAGGUAUACAUUAAAUUAAGUUGGUCCAAUCUUGGCUUCGGCGACGAUAUUGAUUACUCGAGGUUGAUUUAUGUUACGCAACAUGAUGACAACUCACACUACUUUUAAUUGCAAAGUAAGUGGUGAUAGUACAGGCAAUAUUAACCCUUAGCACUAUUGCUAACUAAAUUAAUAAUAAAACGAUAUGUGUUUGCAAUAAUUUUUAGCUAUAUAUAAGCCAUCGUCAUUGAGAAAAUUUAAAUUCUCUGAAUAUUUAUAGUCAGUGUUGUUGUAGAAUCGAAGACAGACUUGCUUAAUUGGUGUCACAGAAUCUGAUUGGAUUUUCAUCAAUUCGAAUAUGAACAAAACAAUAUACGAAUCAGAGUGGAAACAUCUGAUGAGCUUAUUCAUGAGGCAAAACUAAAAAGCGACACAUUUUUGAAUCUUACCUAUACUACUAUUAUAAAGAGGAAAGAUUUGUAUGUAUGUUUGUAUUGAAUAAACUCGAAAACUACUGUGCCGAUUUCAAUAAUUCUGUCACCAUUGAAAGCUACAUUCACCCCGAGUAACAUAGGCUAUAUUUAUUGCUAGAAUCUCAACUUUCUGGAAAUAGUUCCCAGGUGAGGGUAUCAAAUCACUCCGUGAUGGAGAAUCUUAAUCUGAAACUGAAAAUCGUCUUGCAAGUCAUUCUCUUCGCAUCGCAAUCGCGUGCCAGAGAGUCGAGUAAUAAGUGCUCGCAGCUGCUUGAUCAACAAAAUUUCACAACCUGCCAAGUACGCGCUUGAGAGUCGAGUACGGAGCGGUGCAGCGGUUUGAAGAACAAAAAAUUAGAGACAUACAAGCUCGCACUAGGGUGUCGAACUCUGAGCGUUCCCAAUGCCUUCAUAAUCAGAGAGAAAAACAACGGACACAGACACAGACUAGAAGUCGUAAUAAAGUUUAAGCUAAAGUACAUAGAUAUGUAUGGGGAAGUGUGAUAAGCGUGUAAAAACUCAUAACUUUUGAAAUGUUUGUAUAAGCCCGUGCGAGGCUGGAGUGGUCUGCUAAUACGGAAAAAUUGUAUUCCCAAGCCACUCAGGAAAUUCUUGAUCCGUACGGUAAAACUUACACUUGGGACGUUAAAGUAAGUGUUAUGGGGCUGCAGACACAGCAAGUUGCUGAAGCUAUAGUUGAUGCUUAUAAAUUACCUAUAAGCUGGGAAGAAUAUGCACAAAAACAACGGGAUCGAACGGAAAUUUUAAUGACAGAAGCUGAAUUAAUGCCAGAUACUGAAGUGAUUUAUGAAGAAAUUGUAAGGCAAAUAGCGGGGUCCUUUAACAAGCCUUAUCCACGUGAUGUACGUGUAAGAAUGCUUGGCACUACCGAGCAAAAAUCGGCUCAAAUUGCUGUCAAUGAUCUAGAAUUGCCCAUAACUGUCGAGGAAUACCUGAAAAUAUUUACAAAUAAGUGUAAAGAAAUGUUGGGAAAUUCUCCGUUGAUGAAAGGUGCAGAGCGAUUACUGAGGCAUCUACAUGCUAAUAAUAUUCCAAUAGCAUUGGCAACUAGUUCUGGAGAGCAUAUGGUUGAAAUAAAAAUUACUAAACAUCGCUACGUUUUUGGACUUUUUCAUCAUCGUGUUUGCGGGUCCACAGACCAAGAAGUAAAAGAAGGCAAACCUUCUCCUGAUAUAUUCCUCAUAGCUGCUUCUCGUUUCCCGGACAAACCUGAUCCAUCGAAAUGUCUUGUUUUUGAAGACGCCCCUAAUGGAGUUCAGGCAGCCUUAAGUGCAGGAAUGCAAGUCGUGAUGGUACCAGAUGAACUAGUGACGGACGAGUUACGCAAAGGAGCGACCCAAGUGUUACAUUCCUUAGAAGACUUUUGUCCUGAAAAGUUCGGAUUGCCGCCUUUUCCAAAAUCUUGUUAAGUAAUAAUUGAAUAACAAUUAAGCUUAAAACCAAAUAAAAUUCAAAUUAGACGCAUCACAUUCGUUUGUUAUGAUAUUUUAUUAUCACGAUGUACACAUGUUUACAGUUUUAGUUUGAUAUCAAAAAUAUAACUUUACGCUUUUGCUACAGCA